CAACAACACACAGACGAUGUCAAUGAGCUAAAUAUGCUCUUUCUACUGGAAACAAAUUUAAAACGAUAACAGAAAAAGGUUGGAAGAUGAGUUCCUUUGCAGGUCGAAUGAAGGAGUAUCCCACCGUUUCUCUGGACCGGUUCGACCGGGAGAAUCUACAUUCCCGGGCUUAUUUUCUCUCCCAUUGCCAUAAAGAUCACAUGAAAGGACUGAAAGGACCAAAACUGAAGAGGAAACUACAGUUCAGUCGGACGGUCAGGCUUUACUGCUCCUUUGUGACCAAAGAGCUGCUGCUGAGCAACCCCAAGUACUCCUUCUGGGAGGAAUACAUUGUUCCCUUGGAGGUGGAGAGCCCCACUCAGAUUUCUCUGGUUGACGAAACAUCCGGAGAGAAAGAAGAGCUAUUGGUCACGUUGCUCCCCGCGGGUCACUGUCCCGGCUCUGUCAUGUUCCUGUUCGAGGGUUGCCACGGCAACGUGCUGUACACGGGAGACUUCCGGUUUGCAGCCGGAGACGUCGCGAGGAUGGAGCAUCUGCACUCCGGCAGCCGAGUGAAGGACAUUCAGAGUGUUUAUCUGGACUCCACUUUCUACGACCCGCGAUACUACCAGAUUCCCACUCGGGAGGUCUGUCUGAGCGGUAUCUCGGAGCUGGUGGGGAACUGGAUCCGUCAGAGUUCGUAUCACGUCGUGUGGCUCAACUGUAAAGCUGCGUAUGGAUACGAGUACCUGUUCACCAACCUGGGGGAGCAGUUCAACACACAGAUCCAUGUCAGAAGUCUGGAUAUGUUCAAGAAGAUGCCCGAGAUCCUGAACUACGUGACGACUGACCGCAGGACGCAGAUCCACGCCUGCCGACACUCGACGAAUGAGGAUUUCCGCCAAGGCAGCCGGCUGCCGUGCGGCUGCUCCGCCUCCGACGGGACGCCGCUCCACAUCAUCAGCAUCAAACCGUCCACCAUGUGGUUCGGAGAGAGGACGAAGAAAACCAACGUGAUAAUAAAAACAGGAGCCAGUUCCUUCAGAGCCUGCUUCAGCUUCCACUCUUCCUACUCGGAGAUCAAAACCUUCCUGUCCGACCUCCAGCCCGUCAACAUCUACCCGAGCGUCGUCCCGAUUGGUCUCACGCUGACUGAGGUCACGCAGAUGUUGAAGCUGAUGUGCAGGAGCCGGUCGGAUCAAACGACAUCCGUGUACAAACCUCUGGGGGUCCUCAAACGCUGCGUGGUGGAGCGACCUGCAUACGACUGCGGCGGCGAUGACGGGCUGUUUGACGGGCUGGACCUGGCUCCAGUGAGGAAGAAGACGGCGCCGGACUUCACAAAUGUCGGAGCUCCGAGUCCUCGGAAAACUGCGUCCGCGGUGGAGUCCCCUCCUCUGACGGUCACAGACGCUCAGCCCGUGAUCCGCAACUUCAUGGACUGCACCGAGUCGAACGAUGAAGAGGAAGAUGACCAGGAGGAGGAGGAGGAAGGAAAGGAGGAAGGAAAGGAGGAAGGAAGCGGCUCCUCUUGUCUCCCUAAGUGGGAGGACUUCUUCACCACGGAGACGCUGCCUGACAGCCAGAACAGCCUCAACAGCCAAUUACAGUCCUGCUGCUCCGCCGCAAGCCCCGCCUCCUCCAAAAUGACCGGCUCCCAGAGCCCCGAUCUGUUCGGCGACGAAGAGGAGACCCCGAAUAACGAAGAGAACUUCAGCCUGACCCUCUCCGCCUCGCUGUCCAACCAUUCCUCGCAGAACCUGGAUUCCUAUUUGCCCGACACUCUGAUCCUCCAACCGGAGCCGGAGGGGCGGGAGCGAGGCGACUCGGGGACCAAUGGCGCGUCUCGGGCGAUGGAGGUGAUUGGCGGCGGCCAAUCGGAGCUCUCGGGGUCUCAGGAGGCGUCGUCGUCGGACGACUUUGACGUCCCGUGCACGCCGGAGUCAAAGCCGCCGCCGCCGGAUGAGCUGUCGCGGUUGUACAGGAAGUUGGCGUCCGGAGAGGAAGUGGUCAUCGGGAAAGGAAGUCAGUGAGCGACUCUACUUUUUAUUUAUCUUGCAGAGUGAGCUUCUAUACAACCAUUCCUCUAAUUCAGUUAGACCUCUAAACACACACACACACACGCGCCAUUCAUUCCGAUGCACUUAAUACCCUCAUGUGCUCUACAGGACUGUCUCAGAAAAUUAGAAUAUU